AUGCUGUGCUCCAUUGGACUCUCUGUCAUGGCCAAGGCUAAUUGGCCCAGGGGUCAGUUCCGAGCCACACCACCCACCAAAGGCCAGCAGAAGUCUAUGAGAGCUCAUUCUUUUACAGCCUGGAUUCACUGGAUGCCCGGCGUGAGGAAAGAACUGGCACAUGUCCUGAUUCAGCCAUCUGUGCCUCCUCUCCCCACCAAAUUUGAAAAUGGAAAACUAGCAACCAGUGGAUUCUCCUCAAAAAACCAGUUUAUUAUUUCAGAGGAGUUAAUUGAAGAAGGAAAAUGGGUCAAGUGAAAAAAUAACUACGUGGAUCCUACUGGUAAAACACGAACCUGGGAAACUGUGAAACGUGCAACCAGGAAAGGACAGUCGACUGAUGGUGUGAUGAUUAUACUAGUGCUGCAAAGAACUCUUCAUCAUGAAUGUAUCAUUCUGGUGAAACAGUUUCGUCCACCCAUGGGAAGCUACUGCCUGGAAUUCCCUGCAGGUGGCAUAGAUGACAAUCAAAGCCCAGAAGCAGCUGCUCUGGGAGAGCUGGAGAAAGAAACUGGCUAUAAAGGUGAUAUUGCUGAAUGCUCUCCACUUAUAUGUAUGGAUCCAGGUUUGUCAAACUGUACCACACACAUCGUGACAGUAACUACUAAUGGAAAUGAGGCCGAAAAUGUAAGACCUAAGGCAAAGCCAGGAGAUGAAGAAUUUGUGGAAGUAAUUUCCUUGCCAAAGAAUGACCUGAUGAACAGACUUGAAGCACUGGUAGCUGAAGAACAUCUGACAGUCGAUGCGAGGGUCCAUUCCUGUGCACUGGCGCUGAAACAUGCAAACACAAAGCCUUCUUGA